AUGAUCGUUGUCGCCCUUGCCCUCGUGGCCGUCGCCACCGCUCUGCCCGUCAAUGAGCCCUCAAAGAUUGUCCGGUCUAACUUCGAUCGGAACUCUGAUGGUGGUUUCAAUUACGGUUUCGAGGCCGACAACGGUAUCAAACGCGAAGAAGUGGGUACCGUGAAGCAAGUUUUGGACGAGGACAACAAGCCCCACGAUGUCGUCGCUGUCCGCGGAUCUUUCUCCUACAUCAAAGAUGAUGGUACAGUUGAGACCGUCAACUACUUCGCUGACGAGAACGGUUUCCAGGCUGAAGGACCCUCCAUCCCCAAGAACCCCCCCGCAAGGAGAUAA